AACGUAAACCAGAAGUGACGUAAUCUCCGUUCCCCGUACCUCCGUGUUGCACGUGUGUUUACAAAAAAUGUGGACGAUUGAGCUGAAUCAGUGAUAGUAUUCAUAUUCUUUAAACACAGUUGCUCUUGACCGGUUUAAACAUGGGGAAGCUUAAUGUCGUGGUGUUGAGAUACUUAUCUCGAGAUGACUUCCGGGUCCUCACAGCGGUUGAGAUGGGGAUGAAGAACCAUGAGAUCGUCCCAGUGAGUCUCCUGUCCUCCAUCGCUAGCCUUAAACAUGGCGGCUGCAACAAGAUCCUCAGAGAGCUCGUCAAACACAAGCUUGUGGCCUAUGAACGCAGCAGGGCUGUGCAGGGUUACAGGUUGAACAAUGGAGGAUAUGACUACUUGGCUCUGAAGACCUUGUGCGCCAGAGAAGUGCUCAUUUCAGUUGGAAACCAGAUGGGUGUUGGUAAAGAGUCUGAUAUUUAUAUUGUGGCGAGUCCCAACAACGAGCAGUACGCUCUGAAGCUUCACAGGUUGGGUCGUACCUCCUUCAGGAACCUGAAGAACAAGAGAGAUUAUCACCAGCACAGGAAGAACGUGUCCUGGCUCUACCUCUCUCGGCUUUCUGCCAUGAAGGAGUAUGCCUACAUGAAGGUAUUGUACGAACGGGGCUUUCCCGUUCCCAAACCUGUGGACUAUAACCGACAUGCAAUAGUGAUGGAGUUCAUCAAUGGAUAUCCGCUGUGUCAGGUGCAUAAGCUGGAGGAUCCAUCACACCUGUAUAAUGAGUUCAUGGAGCUCAUUGUCAAACUGGGCAAUCACGGCCUGAUUCAUGGAGACUUCAACGAGUUCAACCUCAUGCUGGACGACCACGACCACAUCACUAUGAUCGACUUUCCUCAAAUGGUGUCCACCUCGCAUUUAAAUGCUGAAUGGUAUUUUGACAGAGAUGUCAAAUGCAUCAGAGAUUUCUUCGCCAGAAGAUACAAUUACGAGAGUGAGCUCUACCCAACAUUCAAAGACGUCAGGCGAUCUUGUUCUCUAGAUAUCGAAGUAUCAGCUAGCGGCUUCACCAAAGACAUGGAGAGAGACAGUGCAUUGCUUCACCCAGCAGGACCCGAUGAAGAGGACGACGAUGAAGAGGAGGAGAGUGAUGACGAAGAGGCAACAGACGAGGAGGAAGAAGAGGAAGUGGACAUGGAUGAAUAUAAACAUGCAAUGCUGGAACUAGAAGGUCUGAAAAUCAGCGACUCCACUGCAGACAAACACGAAGAGCAGAGCGAGAAAGAGGAAGAACAAAAAGAGACUGAGACAACGUCGCCUGCUGUAGGAGAGGAAGAGGAAGAACAAAAAGAGACUGAGACAACGUCGCCUGCUGUAGGAGAGGAAGAGGAAGAACAAAAAGAGACUGAGACAACGUCGCCUGCUGUAGGAGAGGAAGAGGAAGAACAAAAAGAGACUGAGACAACGUCGCCUGCUGUAGGAGAUGAAGAGCCAGGGAAAGACUUGGAAAAAGAGUUGAGCGAGGCAGAGGAUGAGUGUGCAGAGCUGGGAGACCUUUCUGCUGCGAACAAAGACUUCAAACCCUUCAGAGACUCAGACAGUCUUCUACAGAUGGCAGAGCACAUGAGGAGGAGGAGGACAGACAGCGAGGGCACGAUGGGCAGCAUGGGGAGCUGUUCUACAAUACCACUAGAGGUUGUCCGUCAGAAGGUGCGGAGGCAGCUCUCCAAACAGCAGAAGGCAGCGCAGAGGAGACGCCUGCAGAAGGGAGAGGCCAACCUGGUAACCAGUGUCAAGAGAGACAACGACAGCAACAUCAAGUCUAGUAUGGAGUCCGACUCCUUCUGGGGAUAAAUGGCAGUCCAGAGAUGCACAGACCAGAUUCAUAUCAACAAGUCUGUUGCAUUGUCCCUGCUUCUGUGUCUGAUGAGUUGAAAACAAAUGAAAUUGGAUGGAUAAUCUCAGCAGGAGAGUUUCUGCAGCAAAUCAACUGUCCUGUACACAAAAGAAGACUGAAAACAAAGUGCAUGUAUUCAGCAAAUCAUCACACUGACCAGUAAGAAGACUUUUCUGUUUGAACUGUAGUGAACUACCAUGUUCAACAUACAGUGUAAUGUAAAUAUCAACUGCUUAUAAUGAAGCUGUAUGUUUGAUAAUAAACCCAUUUAAACCUUA